CACAUAUCACUCUCUCUCCCUCAGUCCCCCCCUUCUCUCUCUUCCGCCUUCCUUCUCUCGCUCUCUGUCGCUCCUUCCCCUCUCUCUCUCUAGAAAAAUUUCGAUCGAGCGCCAACAGAAUCGAUAAAGUUCUAGAGAGAAAGAGGGACCCAGAGACAACAGAUUGCGUCUCCAAUGAAGCACCACCAGCAGCAGCACCUCCACGGUUCCUCCGAGGCCGUAUCGUCGUCGUCCUCCUUGCCGUCGCCCUCGACCGCGGACUUACCAUCGAGCGCUUCCUCGAUGGAUAAGCCCCCGUCCAUCCCUGCCGCGGAGGACCUGUCAAUCGCCGCCAGGGACGGGAGCGGCGGCGCUCAGGAGGCGGUGUCCAUCGAUCGCCGGGGCGAGUUCUCGGCAAUCUGCCGGUGGACGGUACAGAACUUUUCGAAAAUCAAGGCGAGGGCUCUCUGGAGCAAGUACUUUGAGGUGGGCGGGUACGAUUGCCGCCUGUUGAUAUACCCUAAGGGCGACUCCCAAGCUCUCCCAGGGUACAUAUCCAUCUACCUCCAAAUCAUGGACCCCCGCGGGACAUCGUCUUCCAAAUGGGAUUGCUUCGCCAGCUAUGGCCUGUCAAUCGUCAAUGGUCUGGACGAUUCCAAGACCAUUCACCGGGACUCAUGGCACCGGUUCUCGAGCAAGAAGAAAUCUCACGGUUGGUGUGACUUCACUCCCUCCUCCACGAUUUUGGAUUCGAGGCUAGGGUACUUGCUCAGCAAUGACUCUGUUGUUAUCACGGCUGAUAUAUUAAUUUUAAACGAAUCCGUGACCUUUAACCGUGAUAACAACGAUAGUCAAUCGACAUUGACGGCCUCAUCUUCUGGAGUGGUCGGGCCGGUGCCCGAUGUCUUGAGCGGAAAGUUUAGCUGGAAGGUACACAAUUUCAGCUUAUUCAGGGAGAUGAUAAAGACGCAGAAGAUAAUGAGCCCUGUUUUUCCUGCUGGGGAGUGCAAUUUGAGAAUUAGUGUCUACCAGAGCUCGGUGAACGGGGUGGAUUAUCUGUCCAUGUGUCUGGAGAGCAAAGACACUGAGAAGACAAUGCUUGCGGAUAGAAGUUGCUGGUGCUUGUUCCGGAUGUCGGUGCUGAAUCAGAAGCCUGGAUUCAAUCACAUGCACCGAGACUCGUAUGGGCGUUUUGCUGCUGACAACAAGAGUGGAGAUAAUACGAGUCUGGGGUGGAAUGAUUACAUGAAGAUGGCGGACUUUGUGGGUCCUGAGACGGGGUUUUUAGCGGAUGAUACUGCCAUAUUCAGUACGUCAUUUCACGUGAUUAAGGAAUUCAGCAGCUUCACAAAAAAUGUGACAAUAAUGCCGGGAUUGAGGAUCCUGAACAACUCAAGGAAAUCUGAUGUGCAUAUGGGGAAGUUCACAUGGCGGAUAGAGAACUUCACCAGGCUGAAGGAUAUACUGAAGAAGAGGAAGAUUACUGGUCUGUGUAUCAAGAGCAAAAGAUUUCAGAUUGGAAACCGGGAUUGCCGCCUUAUUGUUUAUCCUCGAGGUCAGUCUCAGCCACCAUGCCACCUGUCAGUUUUCCUUGAAGUUACGGAUUCAAGAAAUACUUCCAACGAUUGGAGUUGUUUUGUGAGUCAUCGUUUGUCAGUUGUGAACCAGAGGAUGGACGAGAAAUCUGUGACCAAGGAAUCUCAAAAUCGCUAUUCUAAAGCUGCAAAGGACUGGGGAUGGCGUGAAUUUGUUACCCUUACGAGUCUCUUUGAUCAGGAUUCGGGAUUCAUUGUCCAAGACACUGUUAUAUUCUCAGCAGAGGUUCUUAUAUUAAAGGAGACAUCGAUAAUGCAGGACUUUGCUGCUCUGGAGAAUGAUUUGACAGGUAAUGGGUCUUCGACAGAGAAUGCUGGAAAAAGAAGUUCAUUCACUUGGAAGGUGGAGAACUUCAUGUACUUCAAGGACAUAAUGGAGACUCGGAAAAUCUUCAGCAAGUUCUUUCAGGCAGGGGGAUGUGAGCUUCGGAUAGGGGUUUAUGAGUCGUUUGACACCAUAUGCAUAUAUUUGGAAAGUGAUCAGUCCGUGGGUUGUGAUCCGGACAAAAAUUUCUGGGUCAAGUACCGGAUGGCUGUUGUUAACCAAAAAAAUCCAGCCAAGACAGUAUGGAAGGAAUCCUCAAUAUGUACAAAGACGUGGAACAACUCAGUCUUGCAAUUCAUGAAGGUAUCUGAUAUGCUGGAGGCAGAUGCGGGAUUUCUUGUGCGAGACACGGUUGUUUUUGUCUGUGAGAUUCUGGACUGCUGUCCCUGGUUUGAGUUUUCAGAUCUAGAGGUUUUGGCUUAUGAGGACGAUCAGGAUGCUCUGACAACUGAUCCUGAUGAACUUAUUGAUUCUGAAGAUAGCGAAGGACUCAGUGGAGACGAGGAAGAUAUCUUUAGGAGCCUUCUUUCAAGAGCAGGGUUUCACCUCACAUAUGGAGACAAUUCCUCUCACCCACAAGUCACCCUAAGAGAGAAACUUCUAAUGGAUGCUGGCGCAAUAGCAGGUUUUCUGACUGGACUUCGUGUUUACCUAGAUGACCCUGCUAAAGUAAAGCGCUUGCUUCUUCCGGCUAAGUUUUCGGGUUGUAGUGAUGGAAAGAAGAUCGGAAAGACAGAUGGAUCUUCUCCUAGUUUGAUGAAUUUGUUGAUGAGUGUUAAAGUUUUGCAGCAGGCAAUCAUAGAUUUGCUAUUAGAUAUCAUGGUAGAAUGCUGCAAGCCCUCUGAUGGAAGUUGUGAGGGUGAGUCGUCUGAUCCUAGCUUGAAGAUCUCUCCAGAUGGCAGUGGGGCUGCCAGCCCACUGGAAUCAGACAGAGAAAACGGUGCAGCAGAGUGCACACAGUUCCGGUUGGAUGAGAGACUGGACUCUGGUUUAGGUGAAAGUAGUAAUUCUUCUGCUGUGCGAAGCUCAGACAUCAACGACUCUAACGUCUGUGAAAGUGCUCCUACAGUGAAGCCUAUUGAUCCACCUGAAUCAUCUACUGGAGGUCGAGAAAAUUAUUGCCUUAGAUCCAAGACCAAGUGGCCAGAGGAGUCUGAAGAACUCAUAGGAUUGAUCAUCAACUCACUCAGAGCUCUAGAUGGAGCUGUUCCACAAGGCUGUCCUGAGCCGAGGCGGCGGCCUCAAUCAGCCAAAAGGAUCGCUCUUGUAUUGGAUAAAGCUCCCAAGCAUCUUCAGUGUGACCUGUUAGCAUUGGUACCCAAAGUGGUGGAGCAUUCUGAGUAUCCAAUUGCGGCUCAUUAUCUUCUCGAAAUGAUUCAGAAUCCAGAUGCAGAGCCUGCUCUAAGAGUUCCUGUUUUUGGUGCUAUGGGCCAGCUGGAGCUUGGCAUUGGAGUUUGGGAGCAUCUUCUGCGUAAGUCUUUGGAGUUUCUGCAAGAUUCAAAUGAUGAGCCUCUCGCAGCUACCAUAGAUUUCGCAUUCAAAGCUGCAUCCGAAUGUCAAAGUCUCCCUCAAGCAGUAAGGUCUGUUCGUGAUAGGUUGAAAUGUCUGGGAGCAGAUGUGUCCCCUUGUGUCCUAGACUUAUUGAGUAAAACCAUAAAUAGUUGGCGAGAUCUAGCUGAGACAAUACUUAGGGACAUUGAUUGUGAUGAAGAUUUUGGUGAAAGUGGCGUGACACUGCCUUAUCGUCUGCUUUUAUUUAGCGAUAAUGGACAAGACGCUCAAAGGUCGGAUGCGGUGGAUGAGCAAGUCCUUUGCAACUCUCGGCAUUUUUCAGAUAUGUAUGUCCUGAUCGAAAUGUUGUCUAUUCCCUGCCUUGCUGUUGAAGCUUCCCAAACAUUCGAGAGGGCUGUGGCUAAAGGAGCCUUUAUGGCUCAAUCAGUAGCCAUCAUCUUGGAAAGGAGACUGGCUCGGAGAUUGAAUCUCAACAGGUUUACGGGUGAAAAUAUGCAGAUUAUAGAUGGUGAAGGAGAGGCUAAUGACCAGUUGAGAAAUCAACAAGAUGACUUCACUUCAGUUCUUGGACUUGCUGAGACAUUGACCCUGUCUAGAGACCCUCGUGUCAAGGGUUUUGUGAAGGUUCUGUAUGCUAUACUUUUCAAAUGGUAUCCUGAUGAAUCUUACCGACGAAGGAUGCUUAAGAGACUGGUUGAUCGUGCUACCAGCACUUCAGAUAGCAGUCGUGAGGUGGAAUUGGAUUUAGACAUUUUGGUUUUACUGGUCUCCGAGGAGCAGGAGUUUAUAAGACCAGUUGUGAGUAUGAUGAGGGAGGUCGCUGAACUUGCAAAUGUGGAUCGAGCAGCUCUUUGGCACCAACUUUGUGCAAGUGAAGAAGACAUCAUGCGCUUGCGUGAAGAGAGGAAAGCUGAGAUCUCCAAUAUGGAUAGAGAAAAAGCUGCUGUAUCACAAAAACUGAGUGAAUCUGAGGCAACGAACAACCGUCUUAAGUCUGAGGUGAAGGCUGAGAUGGAUCGUUUUGCGCGAGAAAAGAAAGAUUUAUCUGAACAAAUUCAGGAAGUAGAGAGCCAGCUUGAGUGGCUUCGCUCUGAGAGAGAGGAGGAAAUUACAAAGCUCACUUCUGAGAAGAAGGCUCUUCAAGAUCGUCUUCAUGAUGCAGAGUCACAGAUUUUGCAGCUGAAGACUCGUAAACGUGACGAAUUGAAGAAAGUGGUAAAGGAAAAGAACGCUCUUGCUGAAAGGCUAAAGAAUGCGGAAGCUGGGAGAAGAAGAUUUGAUGAAGAGCUGAAGCGGUAUGCGACAGAAAACGUGACCAGAGAAGAGGUUCGUCAGUCCCUUGAGGACGAGAUUAGGAGAUUGAGACAAACAGUGGGGCAAACCGAAGGAGAAAAGCGGGAAAAGGAGGAGCAAGUUGCUCGAUGUGAACAAUAUAUUGAUGGGAUGGAAGCAAAAUUGCAGGCCUGCCAGCAAUACAUCCAGACACUCGAUACUCAACUCCGGGAAGAAAUGUCUAGACAUGCUCCUCUUUACGGUGCUGGUCUGGAGGCACUUUCGAUGACAGAGUUGGAGACUAUAUCGCGCAUUCAUGAAGAAGGGCUUAAGCAGAUCCACGCCAUUCAGCAAAGUAAGGGCAGCCCUCUUGGCAGUCCUAUCGUGAGUCCCCACACACUACCGCCGCAUAAUCAUGGGUUGUAUCCGACUGCGCCCCCUCCAAUGGCAGUGGGGCUUCCCUCUUCCAUCAUGCCCAAUGGCAUGGGGAUGCACCACAGCAACGGGCACGUCAAUGGUGCCAUGGGUCCCUGGUUCAAUCACAAGUAGAGAGCCUUGGAGUCAUUGCGGGAUGCCCUAUACCGGAGAUCCCUUUUUUCAUUGAAAGUGGAGGGAUGAUGAUUUUCUGAGUUGAAUUGUUUGGCAUUUUGACUGGUAGGACUGUCGGGACGAGUUGCUGGGGAAGGGGCUGUUGUAAUUGAUAGAUAGUUGGAGAGAAGGAGGGGGUUUAGAUUGUUGUCUAGGAACAAGUCCAAUGGGACUAACAGUUAAAAUGCCAUGCCUGCUUUUUUAAUCUUUCUUCAUAUGAUCAAUUAUAGGUUUCGACAAAUUUUGCAAA